UACAGACACGCACGCACAAUAAUCAAGAAUGCAGUUGCAGUGCAGGUAGCUAAACCCAAUUCCCUUUCUCCAUAAAUUCCCCCUUUCCUAACCUAUCCUCUUCAUCUUUUCUUCUCUUUGCUCUGCUCAUCUGUUCUCCAAUGGCGCCACUGCUUUACCAGCUAGCUCUCUUCCUCUCCGCCGCCUCUGCCGCUCUAUCUCUAUCCCCACCUCCUCCAUUAGAAGGGCUUUUGGCCAAUGGCAACUUCGAGGAGCAGCCGAGCCCCAAGGACCUCCGCAAGACCGUCCUCCUCGGCCCCCACGCCCUCCCCAAAUGGGAAAUCUCCGGCCUCGUACAGUACAUCUCCGGCGGCCCGCAGCCCGGCGGCAUGUACUUCCCCGUCGCCCACGGCGUCCACGCCGUCCGCCUCGGCAAUCUCGCCACCGUCUCCCAGACAGUCCCCCUCAAGAAGGGCGCCCUCUACGCCCUCACUUUCGGCGCGUCCAGGACCUGCGCGCAGGAGGAGGUGCUUAGGGUUUCUGUCUCGCCGGAGCAGACCGGAGACCUCCCCUUGCACACGCUCUACAGCAGCUACGGCGGCGACACCUACGGCUGGGGAUUCCGCGCCACCGCUGAUUCUAUGAGAGUCGUUUUUCACAAUCCUGGGAAGCAGGAAGACGCCUCUUGCGGCCCCUUGCUCGAUGCUGUCGCCAUUAAAGAAUUGGCUCCUCCCACCAUGGUUAGAGGCAAUUUGGUGAAGAACAGCGGUUUCGAAGAGGGACCUCAUCUCCUCCACAACUCCUCCCAUGGCGUCCUCCUCCCGCCGAAGCCAUUAGACCUGAAUUCCCCCUUACCAGGGUGGAUAAUCGAGUCGCUAAAAGCCGUGAAGUUCAUCGACUCGGCGCACUUCAACGUCCCCGCCGGGAAGGCGGCGGUGGAGCUGGUGGCGGGACGGGAGAGCGCCAUAGCGCAGGUGGUCCGUACGGUCCCGAACAGAGCGUACAAACUGUCGUUCAGCGUUGGGGACGCAAGGAACGACUGCCAUGGAUCGAUGAUGGUGGAGGCGUUUGCGGCGAAGGCGGCGAUGAAAGCGCCGUUCAAGUCGGAGGGGAAGGGGAAGUUUGAGACGUACGCGUUCGAGUUCACGGCGGUGUCGAAUCGGACGAGGCUCACCUUCUUCAGCUCGUUCUACCACACCAGGGUCCAUGAUUAUGGGACCCUCUGUGGGCCCGUGCUUGACGAGGUCCGGGUCUUCCCGAAACUCAAAUGAAAAUGAAUUAAUUUAAUUAAUGCGGGGGAUGCUCUGUUUUUCUGGCCUUUUUAUGUUUCUGCAUCCUUUUUUUCUUCUUCAUCUUCUUCUUCACUGGGUAGAGUCAGAGUUAGGGUUUAUAUAUAUGUUUGUGGUUGAGGUUGAGGUUGAGGUUUUGGUUGGCCAAUGCGGAGGAAGACAUUUUUGUCUCCUUUGUUGCAGAAUGAAUGCAUGAGGCUGUCUGUUUAUUUAUACAAACUGCUGCCUCAUAAUCAAUUUAUCUUAUGGUUAUCAAUUUUAUUUCCCCGGA